UUUUUUUUCAUCAUUAUGAUGAUGAUAACGCCAUCGAUGGCUAUAGUGAUGAUAACGAUGAUGUGUAUGGUGAUCAUAACAUUUGAAUCGAUUCCAUUCACUUCCGAUGUUCCGUACUCUAGUAAUAAUUAUAUUGAACGUUCAGAUUAUUUCCAUAAUUCAAAUUAUUCCUGUAUUAUGGAUGAUGAUGAUAAGGGUAAGAAACAUUUCAUAUCAAAAAUAUUAUCAAUGGCAAUAAUUUAUGGUGAUCUUUGGAUAUAUCGUAUUGAUCAUAUCAUCAUUGUUUAUCGUAAUGUAUUGGAUCGUCAUUACGAUCCAUAUAAAUCUAUAUUAUAUUUAUAUAAUGAAAAUUUAUUGACAUUUCGGCAACAAUUGAAUCAUUGGUUGAAAUUGUUAUGGCCAUUUAUCGAAACGUUGAAUGUAAAGCAGAAAAAUUCAUCAAUAAUUUCGAUGCCUAACGAAAGAAAUGUAACGAUGACAAUAUAUAAGAGCGGUCCAUUAUUUAAUCUUACCUUACGAUAUCAUAUAUUAGCACCCGAAAUUGAAGGUAACAAUACAUACAUUACAUUCGACAUGAUCGAAUCAGAACCACAGAUUAGUCGAUUUAAUUAUUAUUAUCGUAUACAACCGAUGGGUGAACUAUUAAGUAAUUCAAAUAAUGAAACGGCUCAAUUAUCCAUAAUAAGUAUUUCAUUUGAUGAACAAUAUGUACAAAUGAUCCUAUCGUAUAAUGUGGAGCGGCCACAUGUUGCCAUAUAUGCGAUGACAUUAUAUCGCAAUUUAACGAUAAUCGGUUUACUUUGUAGUGGUCAAUCCAAAGAAAAACAACCAACAUUGUUUCUUGUGGGAAAAUGGCGAAAAGAAUGUCAGCCACCAUUUGAAAUAUUCAAAUCAAUUGGUUUCGGUUUUACAAUCGGUCAAUAUCUAUAUUUUGUCUCAAUGAAACUUAAAUAUUAUUUUGCUAUGGAUAAAUAUUUAUUUCAAACAUUGGAAAGAGAAUUUACCGUUCAAUAUAAUGGAUCGAUUCAACAACUAUUCAAAUGUCGACGACCAACAUCAAAGGAAUGGCCACCAAUUAAUCCACGAACCGGAAUUAAUCCAUUCAUACCGUAUCGUUUAAAGGUGCCAACAUUUUUGAAACAAAUCCGUUUACAUAUCUAUGCAUCAAGAAUAAUAAUAUUCAUGAUCGGAAAAUAUUUCAUCCUCAUAUUGAUUAUUAAAUGUUUUCGUCAUAUAAAUAUUUGUUGUCGAUGUUGUUGCCGUCGUCGUCAAAAAACUGAAUAA